AUGUCCACCCAGGAUGUUGGGGAAGCGAGAAUGGAUGCUACUUCGCAUACAUCCCGGGAUGGUUCUCUCGGCCUGGAGCCGGGAUCUUACACGGCCGAGAAGCUGCGCCAUGCGACUCCCAGCCACGUCCACAUAACAAACAAACGAUUCUUCAUCGGACCGAUACCGAAGAACUGGCUUCAAAGCCAUCGCAAGGCAUGGUACAAGAAGCGUCUCAACUUCAGAAACUACAGGUCGAGAGCUAUAACAUUCUCUGCAGAGUCAGAUUUCGCUCGGGAGACCGAACCAUCGCGGAUCGUUGGUCUACCUGUUGUACCCGAGCAAGCUGAACAGGAUACCGAGCAGGAGCAAGAGCAAGACUCGAGCGACCAGGAGACUCCGCGUCCUACGCAUCAACUCAGAACUCUAUCCCAUCCUUAUCAAGCAGACCAAGAGCCUCCCACUCCCACGCCUGGCGAGGAUGGUUUGUCGACGCCGAAUGAGGACAACUACGGUGCGACACCCACAACUGCAAAGCGCGAUGCAAAGUCCGAUUACUUUACAGCACGAGAACAGACGCCAACUACGUCCAACACAGAUGCCGUCCCUUCUUCAAGCCAUCGCGACCCAACUAUGUCGAGAGAACCAGCUGUCAAACAAAGCGAGCAAGCUCUAAAUGUCCCUGGCCAACAUGAUCCCAGACCGUCUUUCCCGUCAGCACCCCCUAGCGAAUCCGGCUCAACUGUGCCACUGCUUGCACCAUCAAGUAGCCACGACAAGGGAAAGCAACGCAGCGUGCCGGCCCUAAAUCUCCAGGAACAGGAACCUCAGCGUGCAGAAUCUAGGGAAGGAGACGAGGAUUCACAGCAUGAAGAGCGAUCGAGGCGUGACCCCAAAUACGUUUCUCGAAAGAUCACCACUCGAUUCUCGCUGAACGAUAAUUUACACCACAAACAGCAGCGAAUCGCGUCGAGAUUAUCAUCGACUCAGAAUAAAGUUCCUGGAUGGCUCUCUCGUCGCAAAAUCAAAGAAGGGGAAGUGAUCAAAGCGGAAAGGAUGCUUGUUCGGGUCGAGGAGACUGUGCAGGAUGACGUGCCUGAAGAUUACGGCGAAUUUGAUAGCUUGCGAAUGGAAACUCGGGUACAGGACAGUUGGAGGGAAUUCCUUGUGGUCUGCCGGUCAACGGCAGAUAAAGAUGCCCCGUUUACAUUGCAGAUGUACAAGACCCGAGUCAUCCCCAAAGUCCAAGAACAGACCCGAAAAGUCGCACCUUACCUUGAGAUUGCGCUCGGCCGAAAGGCUGCUCGAACGAGUCUCUAUUCGUCUUUGGAUAAAACAAUCGCAAUCUGGAAUAGGUCGAAGCGGGGAACCGGCAUAUACAUCUUACGACCCAAGUCUACAGCCCGUGCCGUGGAAUGGUAUACUUUUUUGGCGCACCUCUCGGGGAGACACCGCGCUUCUUCGCUAGCGAUAAAUGUCCCGGAUCUCGCCGUUUUGCUUAUCUUUAAUAAUCCAUUUAGGCAGUUGGAAGAUGCCAAGAGCCAACAAGAUGACCGGGUCAACGCCAAUGGCAAUGCUGCACCGGCGAACAAAUCCGCAUGUUUGUCAAUCAUACAAGACUGUAUGAAUAUGUUGGGGAAAUGCUCUGAGUGGUCUGAGGUAAUGAAGGAAUGGUCAACCACUGAGAACAUGGGGCUCGCCUGGAAACGCUAUGACCGACUCGAAUGGAUAUAUGGCUCUAACGAAGAGGAGAUGUACGGCUCUCUCGCAAUGCAAGGGACGCACGAGCUUGAGCUUCGGCCGAAGCAACAUUAUAGUACAUCGGUAGGCUUCGGAACCGACAAACAGGAGGAGCCAAUGCCGGUAGAAGGAUUCUUGAUACGACUUACAUCUCAGAAAGGCGUGCAUCAACGGAUGAACCGAAUGUUCUCAAAGCGCCUUUACUUCUUUACUCAAGAUCACUACCUGUUUUUCUGCCAGCCGUCUCAGGCUUUGCCACCAACACCACCGCGGUUAUGCGAACAAGACUCUGAUAUACCAUCGACCCAGGAGAUAUUGGACGCCACUCCGCUUUCCUUCGAAAUUGACCCGUUCCCUGUACAGGAUGGAAAGAUUUCAUGGCUUUCCAGUGGCAAUGCCGAUCACCUAAUGCGACACGAUGAAGAUGCGUACGCACAGCUGCUUAGGAACAUCCACAAUCUUAGCAAUUCCGAAGGAUUCAUUGAUCUCUGCCGUGUCGAAGAGGUACGGUAUAUACAGGAAGACACUACACCUGCACCGAAUGUCCGUGGAGGCUGGGACGCUGGAGCCAAUACACCGGGAACAGACCCUGCUCGGCAGAGUCACUCGGCUGAGCCAUCUGACGAGGACGCCGGGUUUGAAAUGCUCCUACACAAUGGUCUGGUUGUUCGCUUCCAGGCCUACAACCGCACAACCAGGGAUGAGUGGAUGAAGAGCUUGGUCGUAUUGGUCAAGUACUGGAAAGCAAGAACGGCGGCUGAUGCAGUUGAACUCAAAGACAUUCGAAAACGGAACUUGGAUAUCUUGGGGAUUGACGAGGAGCUAGAGUCCUUGAUAGGUCAAUAUUCGAAAAAGUGGGAGGUCAGAAAGACCGAAGCAUCGCCUCUCCUACACAACAUGUGUUCAUUACUAGGCUGUCGACCGAUCAAGGCAUGUGUCUUAACCCAAAUGGCAUAUCUCAAGCUAACAAUAUCAGAUGUCCGGCCUGCUCUACAAGAAACCACGGCGCCAUGCAACCUUCAAGCGCUUUCACGUCGUGCUCACUGCUGGAAAGCUUCUGGUCUACCACAGCUCCCUGCGCAAACGGAGCGGUAA